CCACCCCUUCCACUAUACAAGAGAUUUCCCACGGCUGACGGAUUGGAGAAAACUCAAUAACCCUCUCCUGGGGAACUUUCUAACAAUUAGAUUUUUUUCAUCUGAAGGCCCCAGAAGAGCCCAUCCUCCACAUUUUUUUUUUCAUUUGCUCUCCCCUUGCCCCAUAACGGGACCCACAGCUAAAAGGCAGAAAGUAGACACCCUGUGUGAAGUCUGAAGCUGAGGUAGGGGUGCAAGGAGACAAGAAACCAUUUUGGUGGGGCCUGGGGUUUACCAGGUAGACUUCAGAAUCAGUGACUCAGUUCUCAGUCCUGGGGUCAUCUGGUGGCUACUUGGAAGUCCAUCGGAAGAAGCCAGUGAGAAAGCAAACUCCCCUCCCCCACCCCACACCUCCCAUUUGGAUUUGCUGUGGACCUCCCCAAAGCAUCCUAUCUUCCUCAGCACAGACUCCAGCUGCCCCUCCCGGGCUCUCUGCUUCGACUGGGCACAUGCUGAUGCCCCUGAGUGGGCUGCUCUGGUGGUGCUGCUGUUGUGCCUGGUGCUGUUGUGGACUGCGAGCCCCAGCUCCCCAGAUGUUCCGCCACCAAGGUCUCCUCAAGUGCCGCUGCCGCAUGCUCUUCAAUGACCUGAAGGUUUUCCUACUGCGGCGCCCCCCUCCUCCAGCGCCCCUGCCCAUGCACGGGGACCCCCAGCCCCCCGGGUUGGCGGCCAACAACAACACCCUUCCGGCUCUGGGCGCCGGGGGGUGGGCAAGCUGGAGGGGUCCUCGAGAAGGAACAGGCAGAGAGACCCCUCCUCUGCCCCCUCCAUCACUUUUGCCACCUUCUUCUGUGGAAGAUGACUGGGGUGGCCCAGCCACAGAGCCACCUGCCUUGCUGCUCAGCAGUGCCUCCUCAGAUGACUUCUGUAAGGGGAAGGCUGAGGAUCGCUACUCACUGGGCAGCAGCCUGGACAGUGGCAUGAGGACCCCGCUCUGUCGCAUCUGCUUCCAGGGGCCAGAACAGGGGGAGCUGCUGAGCCCAUGCCGGUGCGACGGCUCAGUCAAGUGCACGCACCAGCCCUGCCUCAUCAAGUGGAUCAGCGAGAGGGGCUGCUGGAGCUGCGAACUCUGCUACUACAAGUACCACGUCAUCGCCAUAAGCACAAAGAAUCCUCUGCAGUGGCAGGCCAUCUCUCUGACAGUCAUUGAGAAAGUACAAAUUGCUGCUGCCAUUUUGGGUUCCCUCUUCCUCAUCGCCAGUAUCUCGUGGCUCAUCUGGUCAACCUUCAGUCCCUCUGCAAAGUGGCAGCGCCAAGACCUCCUGUUCCAGAUCUGCUACGGGAUGUAUGGAUUCAUGGACGUGGUGUGCAUAGGGCUCAUCAUCCACGAGGGCCCCUCCGUGUACCGCAUCUUUAAACGGUGGCAGGCUGUCAACCAGCAGUGGAAAGUGUUGAACUAUGACAAGACAAAAGACUUGGAGGAACAGAAGGCGGGAGGCAGGACCAACCCCCGGACCUCCUCUUCCACCCAGGCCAAUGGCCCCUCCUCUGAAGAGGAGGCCACGGGCACCCCUGCCCCCGAGGACGGUCCUGCCCGGGCUGCCAGCCACCCUGCAGGCCCUCUGCCCGAUCACCACUGUGCUUACACCAUCCUGCACAUCUUGAGCCACCUCAGACCUCACGAGCAGCGGAAUCCGCAGGGCGGCAGCCGGGAGCUCGUCAUGAGGGUCACCACCGUGUGAGAGACCUCCUCCCAGGAAGGCCAUGAC